CCGGGGUUUUUUUCCCCUACUACACCCAGAAAUUCUCUCGUGUUCGAAUUGUAUUCUCAGUCUCUCUGGUUCUCUUACUUUUGGUUCGAAGAGUGAAGCGAUCGAUCACGAUGGAUACUAAGGUCGGAUCCAUCGACUCUUGUAUUCCGGCGUCCAAUGACAUCGGCGGCUCUCCCAACUGCGGUGUUUCCACCAUCGAGAGCUCUCCGACGUCACACUCCCCCGCCGUCGUCAGUCCGAGCGACGCGACGCUCGGUCGCCACCUCGCGAGGCGGCUCGUGGAGAUCGGCGUCACCGAUGUCUUUUCCGUUCCCGGAGACUUUAACCUGACGCUUCUCGACCACCUGAUCGCCGAGCCAAGGCUCAAACUCAUCGGGUGCUGCAACGAGCUCAACGCCGGGUACGCCGCCGACGGUUACGCUAGGUCGCGCGGCGUCGGCGCUUGCGUCGUUACGUUCACCGUCGGCGGUUUGAGCGUCCUGAACGCGAUCGCCGGCGCUUACAGUGAGAAUCUGCCUGUGAUUUGUAUCGUGGGCGGCCCCAACUCCAACGAUUAUGGGACUAACAGGAUUCUUCAUCACACCAUUGGCUUACCUGAUUUCAGCCAGGAAUUCCGGUGCUUCCAGACAAUCACUUGUUAUCAGGCUGUGAUCAACAACUUGGAAGAUGCUCACGAGCUCGUCGAUACUGCGAUUUCGACUGCUCUGAAAGAAAGCAAACCUGUUUACUUAAGUGUAAGCUGCAACUUGCCUGCAAUUCCUCAUCCGACUUUCAGUCGCCAUCCCGUUCCAUUCUCGCUUACUCCCAAGGUGAGUAACCAGAUGGGUCUAGAGGCUGCGGUAGAGGCAGCUGCCGAGUUCUUGAACAAAGCUGUGAAACCAGUAAUGGUGGGUGGACCGAAUAUGCGAGUUGCAAAGGCUAUGGAAGCUUUCGUCGAGCUAGCUGAUGCGUCUGGAUAUGCCCUUGCUGUAAUGCCGUCUGCCAAGGGACUGGUACCCGAGAACCACCCGCAUUUCAUAGGGACGUACUGGGGAGCGGUCAGCACUCCCUUCUGCGAGGAGAUUGUUGAAUCAGCAGAUGCGUACGUGUUUGCGGGUCCUAUUUUCAACGAUUACAGCUCGGUCGGAUACUCUCUCCUUCUCAAGAAGGAGAAAGCAAUCAUCGUGCAGCCAGAGGGUGUUACGGUAGGGAACGGGCCUUCAUUCGGGUGUGUUCUUAUGAAAGAUUUCCUUAGCCAUUUGGCGAAGCGAUUGGCACAUAACAACACAGCCUACAAGAACUACCACAGGAUCUAUGUGACGGAAGGGAAGCCUUUGAGAGAUAACCCGAAGGAGCCGUUGAGGGUUAACGUGCUGUUUCAGCAUAUCCAGAGGUUGCUGAAUGGGGAAACCGCUGUGAUUGCUGAAACGGGAGAUUCCUGGUUCAACUGUCAGAAGCUGAAGCUGCCGGAGGGAUGCGGGUACGAAUUCCAGAUGCAGUACGGAUCGAUAGGGUGGUCAGUGGGAGCAACGCUGGGAUAUGCGCAAGCAGUACCGGAGAAGCGUGUGAUAGCAUGCAUAGGAGACGGUAGUUUCCAGGUGACGGGACAGGAGGUGUCGACGAUGAUAAGGAUGGGGCAGAAGAGCAUAAUAUUUCUGAUAAACAACGGAGGGUACACGAUCGAGGUAGAAAUCCACGACGGCCCGUACAACGUCAUAAAGAACUGGAACUACACCGCGCUUGUGGACGCCAUCCACAACGGGGAAGGCAAGUGCUGGACGGCCAAGGUGAGAAGCGAAGAGGAGCUGGUGGAAGCGAUAGAAAUGGCGACGGAGGAAGAGGAGAAGAGAGAGGGGCUGUGGUUCAUAGAGGCGAUAGUGCACAGGGAUGAUACGAGCAGAGAGCUGCUGGAAUGGGGAUCUCGUGUCUCCUCUGCCAACAGCCGCCCCCCUAACCCUCAGUAGUCCUUCCUCUCUUCAGUCUUUCUCCCAAUCAACACUCUGUUUCCGUUUUAAAAAAAAAAAAGAGUUUCCCAAAUUGUGUCCAAUUUCAUGCGGAAAAUCUCAUAUCAUAUAAAAUUGUAACCCUUUUCAAAUA